UCCCCGCGCCGGGCGCCGCGCGCCGCCGCUCCGCCAGCGCUGCCGCCCUCGCCCGCCGCCCGCCGCCCCGGCCCCUCGCGGCUUGGCGGGCCUGUCCUUUGUCCGCCCGCCGCCGGGCUCCUGGUCCCGGGCCGGCUGCCCGCGGCGCUCGGUGCCGGCGGGGCGCGCAGGGGGCGGGGGCCGCGGCUCGCCCCCCGCGGAUGAGCCGCCGCGGAGAGCGCGGAGGAGUGCGGGCGGACGAUGGAACUCCACAUCCUGGAGCACCGGCUGCAAGUUGCCAGCGUCGCCAAGGAGAGUCUCCCGCUCUUCACCUACGGCCUCAUCAAACUCGCCUUCCUGUCCUCCAAGACCAGGUGCAAGUUCUUCAGUCUGACCGAGACCCCGGAGGAUUACACCAUCAUCGUCGAUGAGGAGGGCUUCCUGGAGCUGCCUUCCUCGGAGCACCUGAGUGUGGCAGAUGCCACCUGGCUGGCCCUCAAUGUCGUGUCCGGUGGCGGCAGCUUUUCCAGCUCCCAGCCCAUCGGGGUGACCAAGAUCGCCAAGUCGGUCAUCGCCCCCCUGGCCGACCAGAACAUCUCCGUGUUCAUGCUGUCCACCUACCAGACGGACUUCAUCCUGGUACGUGAGCGGGACCUGCCCUUUGUCACCCACACCUUGUCGUCAGAGUUCACCAUCCUGCGGGUCGUCAAUGGUGAGACGGUGGCCGCCGAGAAUCUUGGCAUCACCAAUGGCUUUGUGAAGCCCAAGAUGGUCCAGAGGCCCGUCAUCCACCCACUGUCCAGCCCCAGCAACAGCUUCUGUGUCACCAGCCUGGACCCCGACACGCUGCCUGCUGUUGCCACACUCCUCAUGGACGUCAUGUUCUACUCCAACGGCAUGAAGGACCCCAUGGCUGCCAGUGACGACUGUGGCCACAUCCGCUUCUUCUCCUUCUCCCUCAUCGAGGGCUACAUCUCCCUGGUGAUGGACGUGCAGACCCAGCAGAGGUUUCCUAGUAACUUGCUGUUCACAAGCGCAUCUGGAGAGCUCUGGAAGAUGGUGCGGAUCGGAGGCCAGCCCCUGGGAUUCGAUGAGUGUGGCAUCGUGGCCCAGAUCUCCGAGCCCUUGGCUGCUGCGGACAUCCCCGCCUACUACAUCAGUACUUUCAAGUUCGACCACGCACUGGUUCCAGAAGAGAACAUUAACGGCGUCAUCAGCGCCCUGAAGGUCAGCCAAGCAGAGAAGCAUUAGAAGGGUCUCACUCCUCCUCCUGCCCCCGCCCGACGGUUCUUCUUGCAGUAUUUCUCAACAGACUGGAAAACCUGCCCCGGGCCCCCCAAGGAGGGGCCUCAGAGGAGCCCCAAUUGCUGACUUCGCCAGGCCUGGGCCCAGGCCAGGGCCUCCCCAUGUCCUCCCUUCCCAGAGCCUCCAGAGAACCCCCCGUCCCCGUGCUCCCCCCACCCCCACUCCAGAAAAUGAUGUCUGAGGCCCAGGGAGCUGGUGCGCUGACCCGCCUCCUCCCCCAGCCUCGCCCACGGCCAGGGCCAGACGCUGACGUAAGCUGGCACCUCCUGCAAGACCCUGGGGUACCGAUUCGCAUGUUAUCUUGGGGAGCAGGCUGAGCAGGACUGAGUUCAUGGAGGCCGGGGAGGCCCCGGGGAGGGGGCAAGCUGGGUACUGUGGUUGCUGGUCUCUGGUUCCAUCAGCUCAGGGCUGGUUCCCAGAGUGGAGGCCAGCGGGCGGCCCUGGCGACACGUGCUGGUGAGGCUCCUGCAGAGCUGGGGUGGGGCCCUGAGCUGGGGAAGACCCGCGCCCCCCAGAACCUCGCCUGCCAACCACAGGGCUUAUGCCCCAACUCCCAGCAAGACUGCCAAGGGGGCCCUGUCCAGACCCUCCCCAUCGCAAGCCUGGGAGACCCACCAGCCAGGGGGUGAGCUCCUGUCCCCUCUGCUUUCCCUGGACCCUCCUUUUACUCAGGGGGCGGAGCCUCGGCCUCCCAGCGUUCUGGGCCUGGGGUCUCUUAGGUCACCCCCCCUCCCCCAGCAGUUGACUAGACCAGCACAGGCUCCCUUGUUGUCCUGUCUCCUCCCUUGCCUCGCUUUGGGGGACAUAGAAGGCCUCUGCCCCCAACUCGCCUGCCUGCCUGCCCGCCCCUCGGUCCUGGGCCUGGCAUUCAUGAGUACUUGACCUGGGAGGCAGCUUAACUGAGCCUUAAUAGAGAAAACGUACUUCGUUUUAGUUUCGUAUUUAAUGUAUUUGUGCCCAGGCUGAGUUGCUAGAGUCAGGGCCUGCUGAGCUGCCUGGGGGCCAGAGGCCCAGCAUCACUUGGCUGGUGCCGUGGCUCCAGGGACAGGCAUGAGAGCGGGGCCCGGGCCUCCCUGGCAGGACCCUGGGAGCAGAGGUCUGUUACUGGAUGGGCCCCGGGCGCCCGCAGUGCUGCCCCGCCGGGCCCGAUGACAGGUACCCGGGCAGCGGUGGUUCUGAGUGUCGGGACCCGAGGGCCACGGGGAGGCGGACAGCCGGGUGGCAGGCAGCUGAGGCAGGCGUGUCCCCUGGAGGCCUCGCAGGCAGGAUGGGGUGAGCCCCGGGCUCCUCUCCACCGGGGUGCUUCCUGUGUGCCCUGCCCUGCUGGCGCUCUCUCUUGGGCAGCAGCUGUCGAGGAGGAGGAGGAGGAGGAGGAGGGCCGUUCUCUUGGUCUGGUGAGGGGCUGCGCGAGCCCCACCCCUUUCUCUGAGCUGUGUGGGACCCUUCGUGCCCCGGAGGCCCCGGAGCAGUAGCUGUGCAGCUGGAUCCUGGCAGGUCUCGGGGCUCAUGCACUGAGUAGGAACCUACCUUUAUUUUUCUUAAGUUAAUUCAUUUUGCACAAAACUCCAUAACAACCAAAACGUGUAACUUGUUUGCUGGCUCCAAACUGGGGGUGGCCAGGUGGCUAGGGCGGCACGUGAAGCCCCGAGUCCCCUCUCUGUCGUUGGAAGGCCUUGGUUUUCUGAGGCGCACCUCUCCCAGCCCCUCCUGUCCGUCCCCCUAAUCACGUCACUUGACCUUUCCCCUUCCCCAGCAAGUGUGUAGGCCCCGUGACCCCAGAAACGCGUGCUCCCCAGGUCCCUAGGGCAUAUCUAUUGUACACACGUAUAAAUACCUGUGUUUUAUGUUGAUAUAGAUAUAUACUGUAAAUAGCA